UCACCUAUAAAUUCCUUCUCAUUAAUUCCACAAUUCCGCUUUCUCUCUCCUCUCUCUCUCUGACCGAGUCAGCGACUCACAUGGAAAAACCAGCCUCUCUAUCGCCGCCGUCUUCGCCGCCAACUCUCCGCCGCAGAAACUCAAUCGCCACCUCACUACUCAUCCCAACUAAACUCACUGUCCCCAACUCCCAACCUUACCACACCACAAGUCUCCCUCCUUUACAUAUAAACGGCAGCACCACCACCACCACAACCGCCACCAACUCCAGCGACGUCGUUUCAUUCGAGCUAUCUUCGUUCAACUCCUCCUCGUUAUCCUACACUUCCCUCAAAGAUAUCCUCCCGUCCGUCGCGGUUAAUUCCCCCACAGGCGGCGCCGCCACUCCAACCUGUGGCUCCGCUUAUGAAAUUUCCAUCCGUAACCGCCUCGUGAAGCAAGCUGCCUGGGCUUACCUUCAGCCUAUGUCGUCCUCGCCGGAUUCCACCAGUCAACAUUUCCUCCGCCGCCUCUGGCUUCGAUUCUCAACAGAGAAUCCUAUAAAUGCUUGUAUUGAAUUCAUCACUCGCCAUAUAAUUCCGAGUAUUACUCAAUUUAUUAAUCGCAUGUUCCGAUUAAUCGGCGUUCCGAUGAAUAGAUAACAAUGAUUGUGAUAGAAAUUUUCUUGUUUGCAUUAUAAAUUACAAAUGAAAAAAUACAAACAAAAGUGUGUACUAUAAAAAAGAAUGAAACAAAUUGAACAUCCAAUUCAAGAAAAAAAAAUUUACAAUUUUUUUUCUUUUUCAGUGUUUGGCUAGUGUUUUUUUGUACAAUUUUGCUACAAGAACUUUUUUUAUAUUAAUUCACGGCUGGUUUUGAUCGCCGGAGCUUCAUCCGAGCCUGCUGAAGGCUGUCAUUGACGUCAGUUUCAGAGUGCAAAUUCUCUGUUUGUUCGCGGUUGAUUGAACUACCUGGCGGCGGAGGUGGCGGCGGCGCUCUUGAUGGCCACCUGCUGUUCUUGUGCUUGCUCAUUGAAUCUGAAUCGUUUCGUGGUGGAGCUGCUGAUGGUGACCGCGGUUCAUUUUUUUCUGUCUUCUGCAGGAUUUGGUUAGUAAUCAGUAAUUAGUACUAAUUGAUUGAAUUAGUGUUAAUUUGAAUUAUGUUGGAUAGCAAAUGUUGAUAAGCAAAGUUUGGAUUAAUUAAGGAAUGCUUGUAAGAAUCAAAUUUGUUGUGUGCAAACAAACUGAUAAGGUAACUGUUUAAACUAAAUGGAAUGCUUGCAAGAAUUAAAAACUAA